CUUUGGAAUCGAGGGGCAGCUUCAAUGUCCUUCAGCUUGCAUGGAACCUGUACCUGUCUGUUGCCAAAGCAUGAUGGGCAGCUAUCCUUGAGCAGUUGGAAGGCGAGGCUGUAGCCCUCCGUGGUUUGAGAGCUGUGCAGCAACACAGCAAUAGGCACGGCACCUGCUUUUGUGGCGGUAAGCAUGAUUGUCGCUGUGCUUCUUGUCACAUCACAUGAGGAGGUUGAAUCAACAAAUAUUGUCACGAGAGGAAAAGCCAGUCAGUCAGUUCUAAGCGAACAGCCGUUUACAGUUCGUGUUUGCAGCAGCUACCACGCACACUUCUCCUUCCUCGACCUCUAGCGUAACUAGUGCGUGCCAUUACCCCUCCCUCCAAAAAAAAGAAAUAAAUAAAUAAAGUUGGGGAGAUGUUAAAUGCCACAAGGAAAAAAAAUAAAAGAAAUGAGAAAGACAACGGACGAGACGACAGGGGCCGCAUCACAAAGUUUGUGGAUGAGAGUCAGCGCGAAUGGUAAGGCUUCAUCCUGGUAACAUGAACAAUGUCAGAGGAACGUGGUCUACGGGAGUGGUGCGAAGUGUCGGCUGGAAUAACUUCGUAGUUGACAGGACUUAAACGGCGCAAAACUAUGUAGGGUCCAAAGUAUCGGCGCAAUAAUUUUUCUGACCGGCCUCGACGUAUAGGGGUCCAAACCCAUACAAGAUCUCCCGGGUUGUAUGUGACGUCUCGAUGGCAUAUGUUGUAUCGACGAGCAUCUUGACUUUGUCGGGAUAGAAUUCGUUGCCGCGCAAGGUGUAUCAGAAUGGGCUAUCGCGCAUGUGCGCCGAUAUCGUUUGCCACUUCUUUCCCUGGCUCUCCUUUCCCUCACUGCCUACGCAAGUACAUAAGCGUAUGAAUAAACGACCAGUUGGUCAUUCUUUGUUCAGCAACAACUCGCCUCGGUCCAUUACUCAAACACGAUACAUGGUGUCAGAAGUGUUUGUCACGGCAGCAGAAUGGACGCCGUCAAGCCCCCGGAGCCGUUGCAGCUUUCCGGAAACUUGAGAAGAAACUGGCUACUGUUUAAGCAGAAGUUGGAACUCUACAUCACAGCGACGUCGUCAGACAAGCCAAGGAAGGAAGCUGUAAAAGCGGCAAUACUUCUCAGCACCGCCGGUGACGAUGCCUUGGACGUGUACAACAACUUCGUGUUUGCCGAAGGUGAGGACAAAGAAGAUUAUCAAACUUUGGUCAGGAAGUUUGAAGAGUACUGUCUCCCCGAAGGAAAUGAGGUUUAUGAAAGGCACGUUUUCCGCCUUCGAGUGCAGGACGAGGCAGAACCAUUUGAAAGCUUUUUGCGGGAUCUCAAGAAGCAAGCGAAACUUUGCAACUUUGGAGAGCUUGAACCAUCCAUGAUAAGGGACCAAGUGGUCUUUGGCAUCAACGAUAAAAAGCUCAGGCAGAGGUUACUUGCUGAGAAGGACCUUAGCUUGCAGAAAGCUGAGCAAAUGUGCAAAGCAGCCGAAGUUUCUGCGCAGCAAAAUGCAUCAUGGUCGAAGGAAAGGCUGCAAGUAGAGUACACGAGAGAAACUGAACGAGACAGCAAAAAACAAUAUCGAUGCCGUCAAUGCGGAAGAAUUCAUGCGCCAGAAGAAUGUCCGGCUCGCGGAAAGUUUUGCUACGCAUGCAAGAAAAAGAACCACUUCGCGGCAUAUUGCAGAAGACGCCAGAUAAACCAAGUCGACGAAGCACAAAAGGCCGAUGAUAACUUCGAUAUCUUGAAUAUCGGCGUGUGCGGCAUAACUGACGGCGCGGGAACAGAUUGGACAAUUCGCGGCAAGAUAGCCGGCCAAGAACUGCGAUUUAAAGUAGACACUGGCUCGCAAGCCAACCUACUACCUCUGUCUGUGUUCAGGCGUGCCAAUCGAGCAAUGGAGCCAAGAAAAAGCACAGCAGUUUUAACGGCAUAUAACGGAAGCAUUAUCAAGCAUGUGGGAGUCUCAACAGAAGUCCUGAGCAUAAACGGCCAAGAACAUGACGUUACAUUUUUUAUUGUAAAGAAAGGUCGCCAUGCCAUCAUUGGUCCCAAGGCAUGUCGGGAAUUCGGACUGAUUCAAACAGUGAAUGCAGUAGACUCAAGCGAAGAAGGCGCUCCCCAGCUGGCUUUUCCCCACCUAUUUCGCGGAACCGGCUGCGUAAAGCGACUGUACAAGAUGGUACUGCGACGGGAUGCCGUUCCAGUGGUGCAGCCUGCCCGAAGGGUACCGUUGGCGAUGAAGGAACCGCUUCGCGAAGAACUGAACCGCAUGGAAGGGGCCUCUAUCAUUGCGAAAGUGGACGAGCCUACCGACUGGAUAUGCUGUCCCGUGCUGUCACGCUGCCUGGGUGCGGUGAAGAAACGGAAGACGUGGAUAUCCACGCAGUUCAAGUGGUCUCGAGCCUUGUAA